AGAGAAAUAAAUAAUUAACAUUACCUUACCCGACUUGGUAAAAAUUUCAAAUUCUUUCUUAAAAAACUGAAAGCAGAGUACAGUGGAAGCAACCUGAAUUUCCCGCUCAACAUUUGGCACCAAAUUCCCCGAUUCUCUCGAAGUUUCUAGAACCAUCCAUUGUAUUCCGAGAAAGCAAAGUCGACAAUGGGAGAUGCGAAGAAGAAAUGGUGCGUUACGUAUACGAAACAUCUCAAACAGAAACGAAAAGUUUAUCAAGAUGGCUUCUUAGAACUUCAAUCCUCCACUCACAAGGUAAUGCUCUAUGAUGAUUGUGAGAAGCUGUUAGGCAUUAAGAUUUUGAAGAACGAUAUUGAUGUCAAAGAAGGCGAAACAUUGGCAUUUGAUUCUUACCUUGUUGAUAUUGGUGAUCCUCACGGCGAUUACAAACCUGUACCCAUAUUAAAGACUAAACAAAUUAAGAAAGAGUCUCAGGAAUCUGGGCUACUGCAUUCUGGAAAAGGCUCAACUGCUGCUGAUAAUAGGAAAUCUAAUCUGGGAAAAAGGAAAGCAUUCCCAAGUCCUCUAAGCCCAUCGCAUAAGAUUAUUAGAGAGUUCAAGAAGAGUGAAGCACACAAAUAUAAUUCUUCUCCAGGUUCGCUUGACAUGACAAAGUCAAGCACAGAAGAAUGGCAGGUAUUGUACACGACACAAAUGACCCAAAAGGCAAAGAAGUUCCAUGAUGGGUAUUUACAACUUGUGAUGUCUAGCUCACAUUGCAGGCAGAUCAUGCUGUAUGAUGCAACCAGGAGACUCCUAGACAGCAGGUUUCUGAAAAAGAAUGAGAGCAUCAUGUCUGGUCAAUUGGUAACAUUUGAUGGUCACUUAGUGGAGUUAGGAGAAUGCGAGGAGGGCCAAAAGCCUCCAAAGCAAAUCAUUCCUCAAGGAAAACAUACCAUGGAACUUGGAAAAAGAGGACCAAUACACGAUGAAGUCGCUGUCCAUAAUAAGUUGCCAGCUGAAUGGGAUGUCAUGUAUACUACUCAAAUAACUCAGAAGGCAAAAAAGUACAGUAACGGAAUCCUCAAACUUUCAUCAUGUGGUUCCUACCAAUCUCAGGUUACUCUACUUACAGAAGAUGGGAUCAUACUAUGCCGAAGGUUUCUCAAGUUAUCAGAACAUGUCACAACUGGAGCUACAUUGAAUUUGCCAAAUUAUUUGGUUGAAGUUGGUGACAUGAGGACUAGUGCAGAAGGAAAACCUCAAAAUGAUGCUUCUUCACAAGAGCAUGCACAAUCUGACAUUAAAAUAUCCGGACUAGAGAAGAUCAAAUUAAGUAGGAGAAUAUCCUUCAACAAGCCAAUUCCUAAUAGGGAGCCUCAAAAUGGACCUUGUUCAGUGGAACAUGUGGAUUCAAAGACUGGAAGCGUUGACAAUACCACAAGUUGUAGCAUCUCCAAAACUGACUCUGUUCCUGCAGAAUGGGAUGUCAUGUAUACUACUCAAGUAACUCAGAAGGCAAAAAAGUACAUUAACGGAAUCCUUAGACUUUCAUCUUGUGGUUCCUACCAAUCUCAGGUUACUCUACUUACAGAAGAUGGGAUCAUACUAUGCCGAACGUUUCUCAAGUUAUCAGAACAUGUCAGAACUGGAACUACGUUGAAUCUGCCAAAUUUUUUGGUUGAAGUUGGUGACAUGAGGACAAGUCCAGAAGGAAAACCUCAAAAUGAUGUUUCUUCACAAGAGCAUGCACUAUCUGACAUUAAAAUAUCCGCACUCGAAAAUAUCAAAUUAAGUAGGAGGACAUCCUUCAACAAGCCAAUUCCUAAUAGGAAACCUCAAAAUGUAGCUAUUUCACUAGAACAUGUGGAUUCAAAGUCUGCAAACAUUGACAAUAACACAAGUUGUAGGAUCUCUGGAACAAACUCUGUUCGUGCAGGUAAGCUGUCCAUAUCCCAUGAAAUUUUGUCCAUUCUUAAAAAACCCAUCACUUCGGAAGGUGUUGUCACUGUAAGGAGCAGCACAUAUGCAGAUGAAUGCCAACUACUGCAGUCAUCAGGUCUUGUUUCCAGUGCUAUUAAGAGAGAAACAGAGGAACAUUUCAUGCAAUACUUCAAUGAUAAAGGUAGUUCACCAGAGCAUAAGGUAGAAGAAACUAUCAUGACUCAUAGAAACGACAGGAAAAUCUCAAAGAUGAAAGCUACUGAUGCAUUCCAUUUGGACAGCAUAUCCCAACCAUCGGAUUGUGCUGACCAAAGAGUAUCUCAAACUCAGUCAUUAAGCUUGUCUACUGGAUUAGCAGCGGCGGAUAUAUGGUCGUGUGAUGUAGAAUGCGCUCUCACAGAGAGAAGGUCCCCAACUGCGAAGCUGAAGCAUUUGGCUAUUCCUGAGUCAGACUCUAAGGUUAAAGCAGUUGAAAUACUCUGCCACGACAGGUCUAGUAAAAUUUCAGAAAUCAAGAAAGCAUCUGAAUCUGUCUCCCACCACCAAGAUAAUCAUAGUGGCUCAAUGGCUGCAUUAACAGAUUUCUGCACCUUAACUCAUGCGUCCGACAAGCCUUCUGCAGAUAACAAGCAGACAGAUACCCAGUGGCAAGAGGCAUUUUCUGGUGUCACUGUCGAUGUUUCAAGUGAUUCUGCUCAACAGUUCCAUGGUCACUCAACGGAGAUAAAAUCUGAGCAUGACAACAGUGCAUGCACAAUGGAUGAUUUUCCUAGUUUUGAUCUUGGAUUUUAGACAAUCGUGUUGUUCUUUUCCAUGUAUCAGCAAAAUACCAUCAGUGAGGCUUUUCUCAAGAUAUUCGCAGACUCGCCUAUUGUGGAUAUGCUCAGACAAGAAUUGUUUAUAAAUUGUAGCCUCUUCAUAAUUACUGUUGAUUUGAAGGAAAAAGAGUUAAAAGGUUACUGAAAAAAUGAAGCUAUAACUUUGAGGAUAUUGUCGUUACUGGACUGUGUUUCAAUUUUUUUAUAUGAACUUAGAUGUAUAUUUUUCAUUUUGAUUUCAAAAUGCUAUGGUACUUUGAAUUACAAUAUUGCCAAUACUAUAUGUAAUAUAAUAAAGUUUACAAAAGAGAUACAUACGACUAUCAUAAUAUCAAACCCAAAAUUGA